AGCACAACAAAUGCCCUGCAAACAAUAACACGGUACAGUGCUCUUACUUUGUUGUUUUGCACAUAUAACACUAAACUGCUUCAUAUACAACAUGGCUUCUCAUUCAAUAUGGACGCAAGUAAAGGUUCUGGUUUAUCGCAAUUAUCUUCUAAAGAAAAGAAGGAGAUCGGAAACUUUUCAGGAACUUAUAAUGCCAUUAUACUUUGUCGUUCUGCUCGUUAUUUUGAAAAACUUUGCCUACAAGCCAGAAAGCAACCCUGAAAUCCCACAAGGAAAUACUACUGAUUUAUUCUCAAACCAGAACCUCGUUGCCAACAACACUUUAUUCUACGUUGCACCACAAUUUGCUGAGGCUGAACUGUUAAUAAACACUAUUGAAGGCUUUAGUCCAAUGUCACCUAAGAAUCUAACAGUUACAUACUUUAAUACACUGCUUGAAAUGGAGACAGCUUACAAAGCAAAUAGUGUUUUGAACCCGAUUGGAAUUUUCUUUCCUAAUAAGUCAAUAGAUGACUACAUGUUACGGUUCCCAUUCACUUCUUUACCUUCCUCUGCUACCUAUGAUUUUUCUGAACGGAAUUGUCGUUUGGGUCAGCCAUGUCCAGCUAACCUUUACCUCACAUCGGGGUUUGCAACAUUACAAGCCAUGAUUGACACAGCUAUUAUGCAGAUACAAAAUGUUAGUGUUGCAUUUCCAAGCAUCACUGUACAACGCAUGGCAAAAUCUGGCAACAUAGCAAAUGGGAUGGUGUUUCAAAUCCUAACAGCUCUUUACCUCGUGAUGGCGCUCUCUCCAUUAAUGGUGUUCCUUCUUGUACAUGUGGUGUAUGAGAAAGAAAAAAAGAUAAAAGAAGGCAUGAAAAUGAUGGGAUUAUACAACCUUGCAUUGUGGUUAGGUUGGUCAGCCACUUAUACCAUCAUGAUGUUCUUUAUCACGUUGAUAAUGACAAUGGUGGCCGUGUUUGGAAAACUUUUCCCCAACAGCAACUUUCUCUUGAUUUUCCUUAUUUUAUUCCUGUAUGCAAUUUCUCUGCAAAUGAUGGCGUUCAUGUUGACGCCAUUCUUCAACAAAGCACGAUCUGCCGGUGCGUUCGCAAGUUUCUUCACUAUGAUACUUUCUCUGUUUUACCUCCUUGUUGCUUUCGUGCCUAACAUAAGCACGGUUGCAGUUUGCUUCCUACACCUCAUUUCACCCGCUGGAUUCGCAAUAGGUCUAGACAAGAUAGCAGCUUUAGAGGUAACAAGUGGAGGAGCAACUUUUAGUACAAUAUGGGAAGGGACGAACCCGCUGGGACUAACUUAUAUUUUCCUGAGUGUUGAUAUCGUCCUGUACUUCAUGCUCACCUUGUAUUUUGACAAUGUUAUACCAAGUGAAUAUGGUCAGAGAAAUUCCAUCAUAUUUUGUCUACUCCCAUCCUUCUGGUGUCCCUCCAAAUCUGCGAAAACCAAUGAAGAGUUUUCGAACGAUGUUACAUCAGAUAGAGAAGCCGUAGACGACGAUUUCUUGGGCAAGGAGGCAGUAGUAAUUCGGAAUAUCACUAAGGUGUACGAACCUUUGGACAUUUUCUCGAGCAGUGAAGAACGAACAGUUGCCGUUAAAAAUUUCAGUCUCGACAUUUAUGAAGGCCAGAUCACUGCUAUACUGGGACAUAAUGGUGCAGGGAAAACAACUCUCUUUAAUAUAUUGACAGGUUUUGUAGAGGCGACCUCAGGUACGGCUUCCAUCUUCAACUACGACGUGAGGAAUCCGUCAGACAUGCUUAAGAUCCGGCAAAUGACGGGAGUUUGCCCCCAACACAAUAUACUAAUGGACCGACUCUCUGUCCUUGAACAUUUAAAUCUUUUCGCUGGAAUUAAAGGAAUUCCACAAGAACAACAAGAGGCAGAAAUUGAUCGUGUCUUGAAACUAGUUGAUUUGGAAGACCAAGCUGAGACAUUUUCCAACAAGUUAUCCGGUGGACAGAAGAGGAAGUUGUCAGUUGGCAUCGCAAUAAUUGGGGACCCAAAGAUAUUAAUACUGGAUGAGCCAACUGCGGGCAUGGAUCCCUAUUCACGACAUAAACUAUGGGACGUACUACGCAGCAGGAAAGAAGGACGUAUCACGUUGCUCACAACUCAUUUUAUGGAUGAAGCCGAUAUCUUGGCAGAUCGUAAAGCAAUAUUAAGCAAGGGCCAGCUUAGAUGCGUGGGAUCUUCACUGUUUCUUAAGAACAAAUAUGGUGUAGGGUAUCACCUGGGAAUUGUGACAAAGUCCAGCAACAAAGUGGAAGAUAUAACAGCCUGUGUAAAAUCUCAUGUAGAAGACUGUGAACUUCACAGAACAGCUGGGUUCGAACUCUCGUAUACGCUUCCACUUAAAGAUGUUGACAAGUUUGCUGGACUUUUCGCUGAUCUUGAGUUGAAAGGUGACAAUCUUGAGAUUCAAAGUUUUGGCGUUUCGAUGACAAAUCUUGAAGAGGUUUUCCUCCAGAUCGGCGAGGGAGAGUUUUCGGAAGACACGGAGAACCAGCCACAAGAUAACGGCAAUGACAAUAAGACACUGCUGAUAGAACAACAAAAUGGCGACGGUUUUGAAACGGUGCCUGUAACUGAAAUGGAAGGUGGAAAUGCUUCAGCUUUCAGUGCUUCCAGAGCCCAGGCUGGUAAAGGGAAGAACUGGAAUAUUUUCAAAGCUCUUUUAUGGAAGAACUUUUUAAUCGCAAUCAGAAGACCUGCGGUUAUUAUAUUUGGCCUCAUCCUGCCAAUGGGAAUCGCAAUUGGCGGGGGUGCUGUGUUUAACAUAGGGGCCCCAGUUGAUGACCAAAAUGAUCCGCUACCAGUUACACUUGCUGCCUCUACAUAUGGGAAACUACUCUACAAGAAUUCAACAGGAGCUUCUCUGGAUGGCUUCCUACAAUACCCCACUGGUGCAGCCAUUGUACCAAGCAACCUUACCAACCUAUUAAAGGCAGGGUUCAACCCGAUGGCGACCCAUAUAUUCAACUAUGAAAACUUUACAUUACAGUACAAUGCUCUUUACAACACAUCAGCCACUCACUCUCUGCCCUCCAUUAUCAACUACAUGAGCGCUUCCAUGCUUUCAUCUCAUGCUGGCAACACUACACAUAUUACAGCCGUCAGCAAAAAGUGGCCAUCUACAAGAUACACCCCUCCAUUCAGCGGUUCAUCGUUUGGUGGAACCCUCAUGUCAGCUGUCGCUCUAGUUCUCUCAUCAGCACUUGCAAUUAUCAAUCCUGUGAAAGAAAAAGAGCUGAAAAUCCGGAGCCAGUUGCGAGUGUCUGGCACCCAAUUCAACAUCUACUGGUUAGCACAGUUUACCAUUGACUACAUUUGGUUUAUGUUGGUAGCCAUUGCUCUUCUUAUUGGGUUUGUUGCAUUCCGUCCGCCACCAUUUGUACCUGCUGGAGCUUUCCUAGCCACGGUGUUUUUACUCAUUGGGUGGGGAGCAGUGUGUGUACUUGCAUCUUAUUGUGGGAGCUUCCUGUUCAAAAAAUAUGAGACAGCACAAUCUGUAUGGCCCAAUGUCAUAUACCUCUCUGCCAUCCUCUGUUAUAUAACUGUAUCUCUGUUGGACCAACUUGGAAAUCCAGAGCCAGCACUUUACAUCAACAUCGUGUUAACCAUAUUUGUUCCAUACUACAUUGGGUUUGGAGGAAUCUUUUACAUUACCAAGGUAUACACAGUAUAUACAGCACGUGGUAUAGCGGAUGUUCCAACUUCUGUUUACUUUGAUUGGAGUAAUCCCAUGGUGCCUUUUGCCAUCCUCAUGUCAUACAUACACAUCGUUGUGCUUUUCCUAAUAUUGAAAAUUUUGGACGUAACGAAAAGUGGAGGGUCAGUUACUGAUGUUUUCCCAUUCAGUUUGUUCAAAGUCCGUUCGUCAGCAGUAAACACAGCAGAUGUCCCCGAUUAUGACGAAGUCAUCGACGAGGAUGUGAAACAAGAAGAAGACAAAAUAAAAGAUCUUCUUAAACAAGAUGAUCCAUCUGAGCAACGGCCCGUAGUGAUCACACAUAAGUUGAUGAAAGAAUUUAACAAAAGAACAAAAUCCAAGAUGUGCUCUGCUGCUGAGACUGAGUUAAAGGUUGCUGUAAAGAAUCUGUCACUUGCUGUCUACCCUGGUGAAGUAUUUGGACUCCUUGGUCCAAAUGGAGCAGGCAAGACUACGGCAAUCAACUCUAUCAUUGCAGACCAUGCACCAACCAGUGGGCAGAUUUUUGUGUCCGGACAUAACAUUCAGUCAAAUCUGUCGGAAGUUUUCCAAGAGAUGGGAUAUUGCCCUCAGGAUGAUCCACUUUGGGAAGAGAUCACAUUGAGAGAACACUUGAAUAUAUAUGCCUAUACUCAAGGUGUAUUGAAACAUGCUAUACCAACUACUGUAGACAGUUGUAUUAGAGCACUUGGUAUCGAAGAACACGCUGAGAAGAAGGCGAAGGCUUUAUCGGGAGGCACCAAGCGCAAAGUAUGUUUUGCUAUUGCUAUGAUUGGUAACCCACAAGUUGUAUUGCUGGAUGAACCAUCUACUGGUAUGGAUCCAAAAACAAAGAGAUUUAUGUGGGACACAAUAAGUGGUGCGUUUGCGGGUUCAACACGAGGUGCGAUACUUACAACACAUUACAUGGACGAAGCCGAUGCUUUAUGUUCAAGGGUGGGAAUUAUGGUGAAGGGGCAACUACAGUGCCUCGGAUCUACACAGCAUCUAAAGAAUAAAUUUGGCCAAGGAUAUUCACUCGAGUUGAAAAUGCAGCCAAAUCAUCAGAAUGAAAACCAACAAGCAAUUCAAGAUUUUGUUAAAAAUUUAUUUGGUGACGUUACAACGACACACAACUUUGCCCAUCGUUUCGUGUACAAAGUUUCCCAGGAUUCUAUGCCUAACUUAUCUAAAGUAUUCAGGGAACUGGAACAAGCAAAACGAGACCUUGGGAUUGAGGAAUAUAGCUUCAGUCAGUCAACUCUUGAACAGGUUUUUCUACAAUUUGCACGUCAGCAAGAAGAAGAUAAUGAGACUUGAAAAUCUGAGUUUGUUUGCUUUUUAUUUUUACAACCAAGUUACUCAGUGUUUAUUUAAAGUAGACUUUCUAGAAACAUUUGGUUAUUUAAACAGGGAUGUAGUAUAAAAGGUACAUGAACCUUAUUUUACUUUGCAAUAUUGUGACUUCACCUCAUCUGGGUUAACAACCACACUUUUACUGACAAUUUUUUCCACACCUUUAUCCAUAACAUGUUUUAACGACUUUUUAUUUGCUUUUGAUUUCCUUAUUUUCGUUUUUGCAUUGAUAUGAACUUCACUAUAGUUUUCAAAGAGAUAAAGAGGUUAUAUCAUUGUUGUGCCUCUUGAAUACUUGUCAAGUAGUUGUGUGUAUUGUUCCAACAUUUAUCCGUUUCAAUCUCGUUUAAUAAGUUUAUGUCCUAUGCAUGCUUAUAGUUAACUAUUGUAAAUUUUUUCUUGAUACCUUGUCAUUCGAAUGGCUAUCAUUGCAUUAAAAGUGAUCGUUUCAAAUUAUACUACACUACCUGUGGUUUCUUGAUAAAUAAGAAAUACUUGUGUAUAUUAAUUACGUCCAGCACAGUUUUAAAUUAAAUAUGUCUUUUUAAAAUGAACUUGUAAAUAUGAUUCUACCCAGUUUUCGAUUUAUUUUGAUUUGUUGAUUUUUUGCUUUGUAAAGUCAAACCUGUUAAAAAUUGCAGUUGUAAAAUACAUACCGGUAUCGCAUUCAA